AUGUCGUCGUGGAGCUCAGCUUUCGAUUUCCUGGAUGAUCAUGCCCAGACGAAACGACCAGACAAAAAGAAGAAAAAGAAGGACCGACGGGACCGGCGAGCCCGCAAGAAGCCAUCUAGGAAGGUGGGCAAGAAGCGUGGGAAGAGCUCGGAUUCUGCAACGAUUGUCGAACUCAAUACCGGGCAACAGGCGAGCAGCUCCAAUGAGCCUGCGGUGAACAUUGUGUCAGUGGCUGCAUCAGGCAUGCAGACAGCCUCUGAGGAGCUCCAGACCUCUGGAGAGUUCACCUUCGUUGCGGUUUGGCGGCCGGGGCCCCUACCGCCGCGAGUUGGCAAGACGCGCGCGGUUGCGAAGAUGCUGGUUCGCGCCGGAUGUUGGCGAAAGUUAGCACUUCAGCGCUUCGGAGGCGGAGCCUUUAUCGUGCCUAUGAGGCGGAAGAAAGGUGUGUCGGCAGAGAGCCUACAGCAUAGCAGGAUGCUAUUGGGACAAGAGUCCAUGGUGAGUUGGGGCGAAGAGACUGAGGUCUCGGACAGUUCGUCACCGGCCAAGAGGUCGAAGCCCCGGAAGCAAGUGAAGAAAGCCAAAAAGGGCAAGAGCCACAAGGCCAAGAAGGCUAAGUCUAGCAAACGUGCUAAGACUUCAAAGGCCAAGAAGUCCAGGCGGAAGAAGGAGAAGAAGUCCCGAAAAGAAUCGGAUGCCACACCGGGUGGUACGGACACCUGGACACCGGGUGGUACGGACACCUGGAAUAAGGCGACCUCUGGUUGGAGCGGGGGUUAUUCUUGGUCGGCUGGAGAUUCAGCCAAGUGGGACCAGCAUGGCUCGGGAGGCCGGUCCUGGAAAUCAGAUGCUGCGACGUCGAGUGCCGGCUGGGGGCACAGAUGGAACAAGUGGGAGAAGCCGCGCCAAAAUUGGCAGCCCAAAGCCGCAGCUAAGACGCAGAUCCUGAGCCCUGGUUUGGGCGGGGGCGACACCAGUAAGAAGCAGCGGUGGGAGCACGAUGCUGCUCCCGAUGCAUGGGCGGAUUACUGGCAGAUUGCCAGGCAAAACAACGAGGAAGAUGAGUGGCGAGUUCCGUGCCCGGCAGCGGCUCGGGACGAGGGGAUCAUCCCGGUUCUUGCCUCCCCUGAUGAGCAUGAGAUUGCUCGGAUUGCCGAUGAGGUCCUCCUUUCCUUUCAGGUUCCUCGAAGCAUGCUAGAAGCGGUGGUUCGCGCUAUGCUGCAAGCGGAGGUGGUAUGCCCCACCGUUGAUGGAAUCCCUGCGAUUUUCCAGAUCAGGGGAGAAGGCUGGGGUCAUUUGGUGAUCCCUGUGGUGGAGCAGGGCACGGAUGCCCCUCUCCAAUCAACCAUGCAUCGCGAGCUCCUGGAGUCCGAGACGCAUCAUUAUUCCUUUGCACAUGGGACCUCGCAGCAUGCACUUCCUCUGAUCCUGAGGGAGCGGAUCAUUCGUCCCCAAAACUUCAAGAAGGGCUCCACUCCUACCGUAGGCCCUUUUGGGGUGGCUUCACCGGGCCACCUCACGAUGAACCCCGAUUGCAGUACUUUGAGGACCAUUUUGAAGAGGAGCCGCUCGAUCAGCAAAGGCCAACAGCCCUCGACCAUCCUUUGUGAGGUCAGGACCCCGGAGAACCAUGUCAAGUUGGACGCCGGAACUGGCGAACAAUUGCAGAUUUCUAGCCGAGAUGCAGGACUGGCUGUGGGGCCGGAUUCGGCAGUGGCUAGGUCUGACCUGACCUAUAUCCUGGGUGUGGCGUACCGCCGGGUCCUCACAUUACUGCAUGCUUUCUCGAGCUUCUUCGAUUUGUGCACCUUGAUGGCUGAUGACGAGGAGGACGGCCAUCACGCGGACGCUGCGACUGGCAGCGAUGCAGUUUAUGGACGCGAAUUGCAGAGUGCGGCACUGCGUGAGUAUGUUGUCGUGCUGGAUGCAGUCGCGACUGGCAAGUUCCUGCCGGACCAGACCCGUUCAGGUCAUUUCGCAUCAGGUUGGACUCGGGAAUCUGUCCUGCAGGCGGCUGCUUUUCCACAGGACUCGGAAGUCUUACAGGCGGCUGUGGAGGACGACCAGGAUGAUGCUUUGGCUGUAGUUUCUGAUGUUUCGGACUCUGAUGAAGAGGCCCCGGAGGAACAAUCUUUCUGGGCUCACCCGACGAGCCAGGUUCUGCAUCGCACGACUGUGGGGUCGCCAAUGUUCUUGUGUGGCCGAGCUUUUGGUGAUCAUUAUCGGCGCAUCCCUAUGGCCCGGGCGCAAGCGCACCCACAAUGUGCCAAGUGUGUUUUAACCAUGACGAGUUCCGUAGAUUCUGCGCCUUUCUUUGUGCAGCGAGCGGAUGAAAUCUCGCUUGCCAAGCGAGUCGUGGAUGCCCUGAAAGGUAAAGGGGUCACCACUUUGGCCCAGUUGGCUUUUUGUGUCGGACAACCGGGACAGGUGCUAUCUCAAACUGAGUUUGACACGUGGAGCGAGGCCAUGUUGGUAGGCAUCACAGUGGGCGAGAAGGCGUCUCUGAGGCGCUUGAUACUGGAAGCUCAGACCAUGCUAGUGGCUUCCUUGAAGGAUCUGGCAGAACCUGCGGAACACGCCUCCCCUAAAAAGGUGGGGGUCGCCGAGCGUAAUGCUCGCAUGGAUCAGCUUCGGACUCAGCUCUCAGGAGUUUCGCUCACUGGACAGCUUGAGCCGAGUCAUGCGUUGCUUGACAUGGCCGUUCAGCAGUGGGAGAGUCGGUGCUUGAAGUACAUCGGUCCAGAGAAGUGCCAUAGCCGUGAGGAUGAGGUUCAGAACGUCAAGCCCUUGACCACCAGUCUGUCCUUGGAAGGCGGUAAGUUGAAGGUUACGGAGGCUGCUGGUAUGGACGAUCGUGAUAUUGAGGGCUCUUUGCAGGUCCUUAAUGCCCUGCGUCGCAGAGGAGUGGCUUAUGCAUUUGCUCGAUUGAUCAGUUGGGAGAAGCAUGCAGGUGAAGACAUCCGGGCAGACGCCUCAGGCACUCUCCCACUUGAUGCAGCGAUCGGGGCUAUUCUUCAUGAUUACGACCUAAUUGUAGCCCUUCUACCUAUGGGCGACUUGGACGGUAAGGGCAAGAAUGCUAAUGGCCGAGGCGGUCGUCCUGGCCCUUACGGAGAUACUGCGCCCUGGAAGGGGAAGAAUGGCAAAGGUAAGGGCGAUUGGCACUCCAAAGGCUCUGAUAAUUGGACAGGGAAAGGCAAGAACACCUGGCAAGCUAAGGGCAAGUCGCACAAGGGCAAAGGCUCGGGGGCCGGCAAGCCGGAAUGGUUACCUGAGGGACUUCGCUUCCAGGGUGGUAUCUCUGUAGCUGAUGUCGCGGCCCCGGCUUCGCCACCUUUUGGAGUGGGAGUGGACCCUGCUUCUAAGAUGGUGGAUGUCGACGAUUCUCCGAUUUUGGUCGAACCUACAGUUUUGGAUGCCCCUACGAUGCCGAGUGCUUCGUCUGAGUCAUUUUCCUUGGAGCACGCAGGGAGCGAGGGGGCGCUCCCCUCACCUCUCGUGGCAUCACAGGACAAUUCUCCGGCCCCUCAGAGUCAGGAGCCAAGCCGGGCCAUUUUGCAGUGUUUUGCAGGCCAAGCUCGUGUGGCUUCAGCUUUGAUUAAGCAGGGCUAUUUUUCCUACGGAGUGGACCGAUUCAAGCAGAAGGCGGCUAUGGCCCCAGUGCUUCAGAUGGACUUGUCGACGCGGGAGGCUUGUGACUCUGUCCUAACCUGGCUUGACAAACGGAAGAUUGCGGGUGUUAUGAUAUGCAUUCCUAAGCAUGCCUCGGAGCCUGUCACUACAGCGUUCAUUCUGGCCGUGAUGGCUGGCUGCUUAAGCAACAACCUGCCCAUGAUUCUUGAGGGUUCGGUGUCCUCUCCAUUUUGGGAGAGUUUGAAUCGCUUACCAUCAGCACAGCACCCUCCGCAUCAGGUGGAGGUUGAUUGGCGGUAUUGGGACCCACAUAGCAAACAGCGCAGCUUCGUGUUGUCUAAUAUGCCUGAAGUCCUCACUGUGCGCAGGGAGUCGGCUCCGCUGGGACAUAAGGUGCACCAGCGCUCGGAGGCGCAGACAGGCUACCCGCCGGCUUUUGCCACGGCGGUAGCUGAGGUUUUCAUUGCAGGUUUGACUCAGCGACAGCUGCCGUGCCGUAGCCCGGCCUUGACCAACAAGUCGCUGCGAGUUUCGGCUAUGAAUCAGCCACGUGGGGCGAUGCCGGAAGUGGUGUCUGAGUGGAAGUUGGUGGUCUAUGUCCUUCUGCCACCGCCGGUUGAGGAUCCGUUUGGCGGGUCGAAGCGCCUUAAACAGGAAUGGCGGGUCCCGCAAGGCGCCCGUGUGCUGCCGGAGCUUGGGGCGCUCCCGCAGGAUUCCCAGCUUCUGUCGCGUACUCAGUCAGCGGGGCAAUUGAGCCCGCAACUCCAGCAGGAAAUGCAAAACUUGAAUGGAGCCUCAGUUUUGCGAGUGGGCAUCCCAUGGGAUCCUAUCGAAUUUAUCGCCAAAGCAGGUAAGAUUGGACACCCAUAUCAUAAGUUAUCCAAGUGCAACAAGGAUUUGAGAGACCUCGUUCAUGACCUAGUACACAAACCGGGAAUGGUUCGUUCUCAGAGGAAGAAUUACAUAGAGAAGUGGGCCAGAAGAGCCAAAGUGUUGGAGCCAGAGGAAGCCAAGCUGAAAACUGGCAUGUCGGAUCACAGAAGGAAGAUCCUUCAACCCAAACGUAUCUUGCUGUUCGAAGAGAUGCUGCGAGACAUUGGGUAUGAUGAUAUGGGUGUGGUUCAGGAACUCAUCGACGGAGCCACGCUGACGGGAGACAUUCCUAUCACGGGGGUGCUGGAUACCAAGCUCAAGCCUGCUAGGUUGGAUACCGAACAACUUUUGGGGAUGUCUGAUGAAAUCAAACAGCAGAUCCGGACGAAGACUGGGUCAUCGGGUGAUAAGGAAAUUGACCAGCUGUUGUGGGACAAGACGAUGGAAGAGGUGCAGAGUGGGUACCUCUCGAGACCUUAUGAUUUCGAGUCAUUGCCGAAACGAUGUUUGGUCAGCUCCCGUUUUCCGCUACUGCAAGGGGAGAAGCUGCGACCUAUUGACAACUACUCCUCGAGUUUGAUUAACGAUACGGUCACAGUCUCUGAAAAGCCCAUCACGCACUCUAUCGACGAAAUUGCUAUGUUGAUAAAUACACUCUCGAGUGCUGCUCGAAAGAAGAACCUGAACGCAUUGUUCGGGAAAACGGCGGAUCUGAAGGGGGCUUACAGACAAUUGGCGGUAUCUGAUACAAGCUUAGAUUUUUCUUACCUCUCGGUCUACGACCCGGCAGAGGAGAAGCCCAAGUUGUUCCAACAACUAGCUGUGCCCUUCGGCUCCACUAAGGCCGUGUAUUUUUUUCCUCAGAGUGGCGAGGGUUGGAAGCUGUCAGCUGAUAAGACAACGGAGUGGAACACUAGCUUCGAGGCCCUUGGCGUUCUUUUCGAGCUUGACCAGACGGGGUCCGGGGUUCUGAAGGUCAGGAACACUGAGAAACGACGCAAGGAACUCACUGCUGCGAUCAAAGGCUUCCUGGACAAGGGAACCAUGACUCAGAAGGAAGCUCUACAACUGCGGGGUAGGCUGCAGUUCGCUCAAGCCCAGUUUUUCGGUAGGCUGGGAAGAAGGUGCCUGACGGAGGUGACAAAGCAUGCCUACACUGGCAGGUCAAAGCUUUCGUCGAUGGCCAAGGAACGACUUGAAGAGUUUGGUAAGUUCCUUGAUAUGGCCCAACCGAGGCUAGUGGGACAAGUUUCAUGCAGGACUUUUAUGAUCCUUACUGAUGCGGCGUUUGAGACGGAAUCAGGAACCGGAGGCCUUGGGGGAGUCCUUCUGACCGGGGCAGGUUCGGCACUCUCUUUCUUCAGCGUGCCGAUCUCAGAGCAGCAAGCCAAGUCUAUGUCGUUGCAAGAUGAGCAUACGAUCAUAUAUGAGCUUGAAAUGUUUGGAGUCUUGAUCGGUCUCAAGCUCUUAGUCGAGAAGACGGCUGCUUUCGCAGAAUCCUACGAACAGCCAGGUGCUGUGGCUGGAACGGGAGUGAUUUGUUAUAUCGAUAAUGAUGCUGCGAGACACGCAUACAUCGCCGGCUCUUCGAAGAAAGGGGUCGCGGGGAUUCUUAUCGAUGAGGUCAAUUUUCUUGAGUAUGUCCACGGCAUCUUGCCGUGGUAUGCGAGAGUGGCAUCACCAGCCAAUUUGGCUGACGAACCCUCAAGGAUGAAACUUGAUAGAGUCAGGAAGUUAGGAUUCAAGGACGAGUCCGUCGAGGCAACCAAAGUGGUGUUAUCGAUUGUGAAGAGAUUUUCGAAUCUGCCUGCUUAA